CAAUUUCAGUCCUGGAAAAAGAGUUGGGUCACAUGGAAAGACCAAGAACCAUUUGUGAUUAAUGAAUUGAACGUUGAACCUCCGCACAACCGUCGUCAUUGCGAAAUUAUAAAACCCUAAUUACUUAUAAUCAGCCUUGGCAAUGGUUGUUCAUCGAUGAUUUUGUGAACCAAUCGUAUUUCUCCAACUGUGCGUCUGAGAAAAAACCACAGGAAUCGGUGCAAAUUGUUUACCCAUUUGUAUUGCUCGAGGAAGAAGCAGCGAAGAAAAGAGAGAGAUAUGGGGUUUCUUUCGAACAGAGUUGAAAGAAGUGAGAUCAAAGCAGGCGAUCAUAUCUACACUUAUAGAGCUGUAUUUGCUUACUCUCACCAUGGUAUCUUUGUUGGAGGUAACAAAGUGGUCCAUUUUACCCAUUUUACCCCUGAUCGUGAGACGAGUUCAAGCACCGAAACCUCUUCCAAUUCUUACGAUGGAAUGUCCAAAACGCCCUCCUGUCAAACAUAUCCAGACUGUGGUUUUCGACAACCUAAAAGUGGAGUUGUCCUCUCCUGCUUAGAUUGUUUUUUACGAAAUGGGACCCUCUACACCUUUGAAUAUGGUGUAACCCCAACCUUCUUCCUUGCCAAAGUACGAGGUGGCACUUGCACCACAGCCACAUCGGAUGGUCCCGGCACAGUCAUCCACCGAGCCAUGUAUUUGCUUCAAAACGGAUUUGGGAACUAUGACGUGUUUCAGAACAACUGUGAGGACUUUGCUUUGUACUGCAAAACUGGGAUACUGACCAUUGACAAGUUGGGAAUUGGAAGAAGCGGACAAGCUUCUUCUCUCGUUGGUGCACCAUUGGCGGCUCUUCUCUCCUCCCCUUUUAAAUUCUUGAUCCCGAGCCCGGUGGGUGUUGCUACUGUGACGGCAGGAAUGUAUUGCAUGAGCAGAUAUGCUACUGAUAUUGGAGUCAGAACUGAUAUUGUCAAAGUAGCUGUCGAAGAUUUAGCUGUGAAUCUUGGUUGGAUGGAUGGUUUGGAAGAAGAAUUUCAAGAAAACAAAGCUUCAAGUGAAAACAAGAAUCAGGUAAUUCAUGUUGAUUAAUCUAAUGCUGCUACAUUUGCUCCACGGAUUUCGUUUUAUUUUGUUUGUUUGUUUGUUGAUACUGAGAACAUCUGAACUCUUUGGUGAAAUGAGAAAAUAUCAGCUGUUCAUGAUGAAAAAA